AUGACAGGACUGCCACCCCCCCCACCGUACACAACAGGGAGCAACGCUUCAAACGAAGUAGAUGUGGACAGUGGGGCUGCUUCCAGCCCCUGGGCGCGCGGUCUACUCUGCCGGUUUGGUAUGCUGCUCACUAGCGCCGGUGGCUCAACCACAUUUAAUUUUUUUCCGGUUUUCGUUUUCGGGUUUUUUCGCCAGCCUGCCAAUCAGUACUAUCUGGACUCCGAGCUGUCAAAAAUGGGAAAGGUUCACGGCUCCCUCGCCCGUGCGGGUAAGGUCAAAAAUCAGACCCCCAAGGUGCAAAAGCAGGAGAAGAGGAAGCCCGUUACUGGCCGGGCGAAGAAGCGUCAGCUAUACAACCGGAGAUUUACAACCACACUGAACCGCAGACGAGGUCCGAAUGCCCAGUCCCCUUGA